GACCUGCCUGCUCUUGCCAGCUACAAAACUACUCUCGCUAGUUGUGUACGGGAUUACAUAAAGAUCGGUGCAGCUAAACCUGACGUCGACAUCUAAAAUCGGCAGUUGCUGCUGUUGAUCUAGCUGGCCCUGCGAAUGAUGGAAGUGCUGCCAAGUGACGUUUUCGCAAGCUGUCAAUAGUGGAAAAUAGUGUCGUUCUUUGUGUGAUUCGCAAUUUGCCCGUAAACAAGUCGCAGUAGGCCGUUUUGUUAGCAUCCCUUUGUGGAUUAGUGUUUAUCGGAAUUUGCCAGGAUGGUGGUGACAGUUUCGGAUUUUCCGCCGCGCAGCAACUGCAGCUCCUCUAAACCAACAAAGAUGGCCCCGAACGCAACGGUAGAGGCCACGGGCGUCCUGAACGAGGUUGACGCCGAAACCAUCGACGGUGGACUGUCCAAGGACAUCACUACGCUAAAGCGCGCCGAAAAGCGCAAAAUCAAGCUGGUGUGGCGGAACGUGAUCGCGUUCGGUUACCUGCACCUGGCCGCCGUGUACGGCCUGUGGCUCCUGCUGACCUCGGCCCGGCUCUACACCGUCGCAUUCGCCUUCGUCCUGUACGUCGUAUCCGGACUCGGCAUCACCGCCGGCGCCCACCGGCUCUGGGCCCACCGCUCGUACAAGGCCAAGCUGCCGCUGCGGAUCAUCCUGGCGGUGUUCAACACGAUCGCCUUCCAGGACUGCGCCAUGCACUGGGCCCGGGACCACCGCGUGCACCACAAGUACUCGGAGACGGACGCUGACCCGCACAACGCGACGCGCGGCUUCUUCUUCUCGCACAUCGGCUGGCUGCUGUGCCGGAAGCACCCGGAGGUGAUUGCCAAGGGUCGCCAGCUGGACAUUGCCGACCUGCAGGCUGACCCCGUGCUGCGGUUCCAAAAGAAAUACUACAUGCUCCUCAUGCCUGUGGCCUGCUUCAUCCUGCCGACCGUGACGCCCGUCUACUUCUGGGGCGAGACCUGGACCAACGCGUGGUUCGUCGCGACCCUGUUCCGCUGGACGUUCAUCCUGAACGCGACCUGGCUGGUGAACAGCGCCGCCCACAAGUGGGGCGACCGGCCGUACGACAAGACCAUCAACCCGUCGGAGAACAAGACCGUGGCGUCGUUCGCGUUCGGCGAGGGCUGGCACAACUACCACCACGUGUUCCCCUGGGACUACAAGACGGCCGAGCUCGGCAACUACCGGAUGAACAUGACGACGGCGUUUAUCGACUUUUUCUCGUACAUUGGCUGGGCGUACGACCUCAAGACCGUCUCGAACGAGAUCAUCGAGAAGCGGGUGAAGCGAACCGGCGACGGCUCCCACAACACGUGGGGCUGGGGCGACAAGGACCAGGACAAGGACGAGAUCGCCCACGCCAAGAUCAUCAACCGGAAGGAGGAAUAAGCGGGGGGCGGAUGUGCGUGCCCCUUACAUGAAGAUUCACACACACACAGACAUACACACAUUUACACGCCUACAUAAGAGCGAGAGCAUGAUGAGCGAGAGAGAGGGAGAGAGUGAGAGAUCGAGUGAGAGAAAUUGAGAGAGAAAGGAUGAGCAACACUUUCACACGCACCAACCCCCUCACAGUAACAAAUUAUUAUUCUGUAGAGAAGCUUAAGUGAUCAUUUUUUCGUCGUCUUACACACUUUUAUUUGAGGUUUAAGCAAGUUGCGCGAGCUCCCUCACGGAAGAAAUCACGGAGGUUUUUUUCGGUAAUGUUUUAAGAAAAUAACAAGAGAAAAAGAGAAAGGGAGAGAGAGGGAGAGCCACACAAAUCAAACACAUUGAUUAACAAUUGGCAUAAUGAAUUUAAUGAAUCGAUGUCGGAACAUAAACUGACGAAAAAAUCUAUAAAUCUGUGUAACUGUUUGAAACAGUAAAAAAUUUAAAAAAUAAAGCAGCAGAAAUGUUACUACUGUUAUAAAACAAAAGAGAGAGAAAGCACCAGAUAUUCUAUUCCCCGUUGAAAUUUGUCGCGUUUCAGUUGAAGUUUUAGUUCAAUUUGAGGUAGAUGAAAAACAACCAGAGCAAACGCAUUCAGGGCACUUUACUCUAAAAAGAGAGAGAGAGAAAAAAAAACUCGUAAAAUCUAACGCUCCGUACUGCCGAGGAGCACUUUUGCUAAACUAUUUCUAUAACGGUGGAAAGAAAGAAAAAAAAACACAUCAAUGUGAGGGUUUUGAAGGGGUAGAAACUUUAGUUACUUUUAAUCUGCCGCAAACUUUUUGAUUUUACGCAAAAUUUGAAAGUCUACAGCCUUUUAAAAGUAAAAGAAAAAAAUCUUUACUUUAUCCAACCUAAUCCAAGCAAAUAACCGAUUAGUUUUAAAGUUUGUAUAAUUUAUUUGCGGGGGAAUAAAGGUGAGAUUUUGCGCGCUUGUCAAUGGAGAGCCCAAGAACUUAGCUAAAAACAAAUAAAAAAGGGGAGGCGGACACUCGCAAUGAGGUCCGAAAAACGCUGUGAAAAUUGAAUCGUAAGACAAAAAGAAGAAACACACACACAUUAAUACUAGGAAGAGAGACGCUCGGGAAGUGUCGAUCAAAUCACCUUAAGGAGAAGAAAGUUGAAGAAAAUGCUGGAAAACACAUUGUAAA